AUGAGAAAAAAGGUUGAAAAAAUUAAAAAAAAACCAUGGAGUGAUUAUGAGGAUGCUUAGGUUAUGCAAUUAGUUGAAUAAUAUGGGCCACAUAAAUGGACAUUUAUAGCAUCUAAGUUAUAAGGUAGAAUUGGAAAACAAUGUAGGGAACGUUGGCAUAAUCAUUUGAAUCCUUUGAUAAAAAAGUCACCUUGGGAAUAUGAGGAAGAAUGGAUUUUAUAUUUGUAUCAUGAAGCUAUUAGUAAUGAAUGGGCAGAAAUUGCUAAGCAUUUAGAAGGAAGAACUGAUAAUGCAAUAAAGAAUCAUUGGAACUCUGGAAUGAAGAAGAGAAUGAGUGAAUUUAGAGAAAAGUUAUAGAAAAUAAGAUAACAAUUUUAAUAAAAAGGGCAUACUUUUUUAGAUUAAUUUGUGAACCCUUAUGAAAGGAAAGCAAUUGAAAUAAUAUUUUUAAAUAAAAAGUAUGUAAGCUUGAUCACAGACACAGAUGAUGAGGAAGAUGAGAUUGAUGAGCCAGCAAUAAAACCAAGUCAAAACACAUCCCUCAGAACUCGAAGCAAUUUGAAUAAUAAUGUAUAUUAAGAAUAUAUGAAGUUUGAAAUCAGAAGCAAGUAUAUUAGCAAACAUCCGAGAAGAAAUAGAAUGCAUAGAAAAUAUUUGAUAUAUAAGAAAAAUCAAAUGAAAGAAAUCGAAAAAGAGAAGGAUAAGGAGAACAAAAAUUUGAAUAAUGUGCAACCAGUCCAAAUAGAAUCAAGACAAAUGUUUUCAAUGCAAUAGUUAGAUCAGACUCCUUCAAAAGUAUAUAAUGAUGACUACUAUUAAACCCCAGCAGCAUUCAAUCGAAUACAAAGAUUAGCCAUCAGUAGUUCAAAGUUUAGUUAAUUUAAAUGUGCAGUCUAAAAUGAAACAUUCCAAAAUUAGUUGUAAGAAGAACUAAAGUAAAACUUAUUUUUAUGA